AUGACAUUCCAUUUCCUUAAUUCAGACGCGCCCGAUAUAUUGGAAAUGUACACAAGGAGGUCAAGGAGUAGAGUACCAAACAUGUUCAUGGUUUACCGUGCAGAAAUAAUGAAAUUUAGACCGGAUAACAUGACGAUGAUAGAAUACAGUAAAGUAAUUUCACAAUUGUGGAAAGCGAUGCCAGAAAAAGAAAAAGCUGAUCGAAAAAGUAACUUUCAGAAGAUUCGGGAUCAAAUAUUAUCAAAUGCUGUUCAAACUAGCGAAAAUUCGGAUUCGAUAUUAGUUGAUCAAUUCAAUCCGUAUCAAACAUUUCCCAACGAAACGAACGAUGAACGUGUCGUUGUUGGUCAAAUGGGCGAAAGUUCGGACCCUUAUCCUUCGAUGCUAGUUGACCAAUUCAAUAGAUAUCAAACAUUACCAAACGCAAUGAACGACGACCAUUUUUUUGCUGGUCAAAUCAGCGAAAGCUCAGACUUUAACCCACUGAUGACAAAUUAUCAAUUUAAUCAGGAUCAUAGAUUACCAAAUGCAGAGAACGUACGAGUUAACGAAUUUGCCUUUGAUGAAAGUAUGGACUCUAAUGUUCUGAUAGCAGAUAAUAAACCUAUUUAUAAUUUUAAGUCUAAAAUGAGAGGUGAUUGA